AUGGAUUUGGAUUCUAAGGAGACAUAUAUAAAUUAGAUUGAACAAAUGAACUUAAAGUCUUAGACUGAUUUUAUUCAAAUGGCCAAGUUACAGAGUUAUUAAGAUGUACUUAAUUAUUAUUUACAAUAUCAAGAUAAAUGAUUUAUUGAAAUUGGGAGCAUUUUGUUUUGAUUGUCAUUUAGUACCAUCAUAUGCAGGAACAUAUUGCAAAGACAAUGAACAAAUAAUUUAAAUAAUUUAAAAUCUACCAAGUAAAUCAUGCUUGUUUAUCCACACUUAAAGUGCUUUAGAUAAAGAUUUAGGAAUAACAUCUCCAUUUAGAAGUAAACCUUUUAAUGAGAGAUUAAUGAUUUCAUAAUUAGAUUUGGUUGAUACAGAUGGAGUAUCUGGAUCAUGUACAAGUGAUGAUGAAAGUAUUUAAAAUAAUGAUCUUGGAUUUUAAUCAUAAAUUAAAUAUUUAGAUGAAAGUAAUUCUCCAAUAAAAGAAAUUGGUAAUGAUUAUAUUUAAAUUUAGUUAAAAAAUAUAAAAAUUCAGAUGAAAAGAGAGUAUCAGAUUUUGAUGAAUAAAAUGAUAUUCCAUCAUCUCCAAAAUUAUAAAGCAAUAUAUUUAAAUAUAAAUCUAAAUAAGUAACUGAAUAAUCAUAAUUAUCAUUAAUAAGUAGAGCUGAAUUAAUAACAUAUUAAAGAACUCCAAAAAUGGAAUAAAAUUAUAAGUUUCCAAAUGAAGAGGAAUUAGAUAAUUAAUAGGAAUAGACUAAAUCUUAUAACAAUAUAGUUACAGAAAAUAUACAAAUAAUAUAAGAAUAAGAAUCUCCUUUAAGUUUAACAAAAGAUUAACAAGAAUCUACUAGAAAAAACACUCCUUAAAUGUCUAUAUAAUCAUCUGAUUUAUCAUCACCAGAUAGCUCUUCUUUGAAAUCUUUACAUAGAAUUAGAUCUAGAGCUUAAACUACAUAAGGUUUAUUGUAUAGAAGAUAAUCUAAAAAUGGAUUUUCAUUAGUAUUACAUUAAGUUGAGAAUUAAUAGAAUUAAAAUAUGUUAUUUAACUUUUCAGAAUCUAGACCAAAAUAAAAUAAUAAUAAUAAUAGAUUUAAUAUAGAUUAUUUAUGUUUUUUAGCAUUUAGACCUGCAACUUGGGAAAAAUUUGCUAUAAAUAAAAUAAAGAAAGCACUCAGAUUCUAAUGUAAAUGCAACAUCAUAUUUAAUGGAUAUUCAUCCUCUUUUGCUUUAGUUGAGAUUAAAGAAAUGAUUAAUAAUUAAAUCUAUAGUGAUAUAUCAUAUCCAUUUUUAUUAUUGGAUAGUGAAGAUAUUCAGGAUGGUUUUACAAAAUAUAAAUCAGAUCCUCCAAUAAGAUAGAAAUAUGAUAAAUAUUUAUUAUAGAAAGCAGUAUUGUAGAAUAAUUGGAUAAGUAGUAUAUCAAGUUCUCACUUAUAUGUUAAUGAUACAUUUAAAUUUGUUUAAGCAGGAGAUUUCAGAAGAGCAGUUGGAGGUUUAUGUAGUUUAGGUUGUACUUAUUAAGCAUUAUGGACUUUAUUAUUUUGUAAAAAGAACUAAGAUCCAAAUUUCAUAAAAUAAGUUUUUUAAUAGAAAGAUUAAAAUAAUCUAAUAUAUAAAAGAAUGGUUGAAAAACUAGUUUAAUUAUAAUAAUUAGUAUCAUCUGGACCAGCAUAAUAUUUAAAUUUAUAAAAUAGAGGAAGCAUAGAUAUUGGUAAAAUAGCAGAUUUAGUGGUUUUCGAUCCUUUAAAAGCAUGGAAAUUCAACUUCGAUAGAAUUAACCAUCAAUUUGCAUUUUCAAUCGAUGAACAUAUUUUUAAAAAUAAAUUAUUUUUAGGAUCUGUAGAUUAUGUUUUUAUUUAAGGUAAAUAUAAUAAUUUAUAUAAUAUUUAGGAUAAUUAAUUCUUAGUUAAGAUAAUAAUUAAAUUAUCACUAUUUGUAAUAGGUAAGGAUAACAAAUUUUCAUUUGA